AUGUCAGUCAAAAGUCACGUUUCCUUACUCGCCCCAGACUUCUGUGGGCGUGGUUCUAAGGGAAAAGCCCGGAUGUUCCCGGCUUCGUCUUGUGUCGUCAUUGUACUCAGUCGGCCAUCUGUUUUGGCUGACAUGGAAGGUACUGUUGAACGGCCUUGUAAAUAUGUUUUCAGAGCAACUUUGACGAUUGUUUGAGGUAUCUUUGGAAAGGUGAAAUAUUGCGCUUAUCAUAUUUUUCUGGCUUGCAGAGAUCCGAAAUUGGUGGGAGGUACCAUCGAUAGCACAUUUCUGUUCGUUGUUCCGCGCCGCUUUCGGAUUGACUGACUUCGAAAUCGAGGUACGUACGAAAAUCUGCAAUUAUCUUUUUGUAGUAAGGACCGCGCUUUUUUUUCCUGAUCGUUCACCGAUAAUAUAAUUUUGAAAGUUUGAAUUGAAGGUUCGUUUAGUCUUAAGCCUUUGACCUUUCUUCGCCCAAACUAUUUCGUGCAUUGUUUAUUUUAAAAUUUGAAUUUACGGUGCCAGCUAAAAACUGGUAGCAAAGUUGGAAGCUUAGACGGACAUAUAUCGUUUGUGCCCUGUCACCUUUAAGUUUAAAAAGACAUUGUUUUACUUCCCAUAGGAUUUAGAAGAUGCACUUGUCAUUGAUGGCUCUAAUGAAGAGGGAAACAACCGAUUUUUGGCCGAUCUUCAUGCUCGAUUGUUAAGGGGAUUGUAUGGAAUAAAGGAUAUAACGUAAGACAGUUUCAGUUUUUACUGUAUUGCAUUCUACUUCAUCCCCUAGCUUAUCCUUUGACCAUUUCUUUGAAAAUGUCUUAACAACGCAUUGAUUGAUUUUGUUUGUGUGAUUACACGUAUUUACUAAAAAUACGAGCUUUUAGUUGAUUUCGUGUGCAAACGUGAAUGUUCCUAAUUCAUUCUAACUCCGACCGCCUCAUGGUAAUUUUCUUCAUUGUCUAAUCAUGUAAGCCAUGUUUUCAAAAAUGAAAUUAUCUGGAAUCGGGAACUGUGUAAAUAUUACUCUUACGAUGUUAUUACUACGUUAUGAAUGAAGUCUUCGACGAAGAAACUUUCCAGACACGAGAAAAUAGUUCUGGGUCGUGUUCCGUUCGCCGAAAUUGUCAAACGAGUAAUUCUAGUAUUUUAUUAAUGCUUGCACGAUUUUAUUAUGGAGUGAUAGCAGAUCUGUUUGCCAGCAGGUUUAUCAGCUCUACCGAACACUUUGAGAAAUCCAUUUAGCGUUGUUAAGCCUUGAUGAUUUGUUUGAAACCAUUUUUUUCGCUCAUCGUGUUCACGACAGGAAUCGAUUUGAAACAAAUAUCCACAGCCUUUCUCAUCUUGAUUGAGUAUCAGUUGACGAUGUUGUACCACAACGGCUCGGCAGCUUUCUCCUUUGUGGAACGAAAAUACUCUUUUUUGAGAUUUUUCAUAAAAGUAGACGAUCGUAACGAGGAAUCUUGAUUUCAUUGAACUAAAUUGGAACCCAAAGUUAAAUCUUUUUAGUCGGCUAUUAAAAAUGGAGGGACAAACGUGCGAUUUGAUAUUCUGACACGUGAAAUAUUUAUUGAGCGAUCCUAUUGAAAAUUUAUACCUUGGUAUUCGUUAUUCGGUUUACUUGCGAAUUUUGAGUUAUAUUUAGAGAUUUGUGGCUUAGGAAAAGAAAUUUGUUUUGGCGGUGAGAUUAGUUCCCUAACUAUUUAGGCGAGUGGAAAAUUUUCUCUUGAGAGUUUAGCCAAAGCUUCCUUAUUUAGUUUAGCGUAUCGUGACAGUUUCCAUGUUUCCUUUUAGGGCCGAGAAUUUCGAGCCAUAUUUGUCACAAGUAUUGAAAAUACGCUGGGAAGAUGACUUAGGAAAGAAGAACCCUUUGGCGGAUAAAGAAUACAGGUAUUUCGGACAGCUAUUUUGUGCCUUUGUUGAUUUGCCUUGCUCCAUGUGGCCGACAACGCAGUAUUGUCUAUGGCAGCGAAAUAUGAUUAAACGCGUGUGUGUACCCAGAAAGUACGCUUUCGUUUCUAGUUGUUGGAAAUGGCCCAAAUGCUCACCUGUUCUCAUUUUUUCAUCAAAUUUAGAGUAAAAGUUUUAAACGAAGAGGAUAAACCCUUUCUUUUAGGCAAUUUGAAAAUUAAGUUGCUGUUUUAGUGAGACACAAAUUGCUUUGAGUAUCUUUGUAGAGGUUGAUGUGUUUUCUAAAAUUCCCAGCUUGUUUUGAAGCCAUCUUUUUUGUUAACACCGGUUAAGGCGCAAAUUGUUCUCUUUAUUUCAUUAAAAUGGUAAACAUUGAGAAUAUGUUGCAUAUAACAGGGCAAGCUAGUUAUGUUUUCAUUGACAAGGCACUGUUUUUUAGUCAUAAUAUAGUUCUCUGAAAGUUCAAAACACGUGUUGUUUUGCAGUAAUUUGUGAUGUACUCAUUCAGAUAAAAAUUACCUUCUCUGAUCUUUAAUGUACAGAGUUAUGCUCCACAAUCAGGAACUGUGAUAAAUCUUCAUUAAAAUUGUAAUUUCUUACUUCUGAAAUGUUUAUCAUGUCUCAGUGUCAAGAAAUUUAACCCUACUUGACAGUAAAUACUUGGGUUUGACGGAGUGUAUUGUCAUUGGAAUAGUAAUAUUUUUGUUCUGGCCCACACAAUUCUGUUUAUCAGCCCACUUUAUGUUUUUGAUACUUUUGUUACGAUUGUGCUUAUGGAACUGAACAGUACACAUUAAAAAAACCUGUAUUUUACCUCGAACACAUUCAAGAGACAGUUAUCUCUCUGUAGAUCUUGAGUACACUUAAAUGCUCUCCAGUGACUGAAAGGAUUAGAGGAAAAAUGAUAGAUGGCCCAUUGUUGAGGGAGAAAAAGUGUUUACUGAUUUGAUUACUGACGGGUGACCUUCACUUUUUUUUUUUUUUUUUUUUUUUUUCCAAUCUUGAAAUCUCUGAUAUUUGGUAGUCAUUAAAAUUCUUGCACAAGUAACUUUAUCUCUUUAUAUUGUCCCUGAAAUCAAUAUUGACCUUUUUUUAUCCGCAGCAAACUUUCAACAAGGGAAAAAGUUGAGAUUCUACACAACCUUUGUGACUUUAGACUUGAUGUCGAAGAUGUUCCUGAGUUACUGAAGGUAAGAAACAUUCUUCUUUUUAAUCCAAACAAAAAUUUCCCCAGUAGAUAUUCCAAUUUAUCCCUUUGGCCUUCAAACUCACCUUCACAUGCACUUUAAUUACAAUCCUAGUGUUACAAAUGAAUUAUAAUAAUGUUAUCAGGCAGAUAUUAAGUUUUAGAUUUUAAUUAUAAAAUCUACAAGUUUUGUGAAUGUCAAGAGAAAAAUUUUUAUGCCAAAUGAACACUUUUUGAUGAGUUUCGGUCAUAAUUCUCAAAAUCAAAGUCUCAAAAUCAAAGUCUCAAAAUUGAAUGAUGGAUUUUUGAUUGGAAAAUAUUGUCAAAAUUCUGCCACAGCCUAAAGGGUGGUGAAUAUUCAAUUUCCAUGUGAUGAGGCUGGCAUGGAUGGAAUCUGAGCAGUUCUACACAUCUGGUGGAAUUGUGUAUUCUUGUCCUCCUGCAAAAUAGCACCUUACAAAGCAGAUAGGAUUGUCAAAGUUUUGUUUUAAAGUUUUAGAGCUUUCUUUGUUGUUUAAGGAUAGUGUAGAUCAUUGCAAACCGUCAUUCAUUUUUGCAAAAGUGCUCUUUUUUCUAAGCUUAAGGGCCAGUGCUCUUUACACCAGCCAUUUAUAAUUCACCACACAAUUAAAUUCACCUCUAUCAAAAUCUUGUCAAUAGCCACCAUUUCUAUACUCCUUGCUAUCAUACUUGUGUUAAUGAGUAACUCCCAUUUUUUUUGCAUAAGAAUGUUGUUGAAAAAGUAACAUUUACAGUGCUUGUCCAUCUUGGAACAUAAGUGAUAAAUUAAUUUGCUUUAAGGUUAGUGAAUGUGUGUGUGAAGCUCUGGUCGGCAGUACAAGUGGGUACUAGGCAUGCAGUUGAACAAGUAGGCAUAGGGUUGGGAUACCUUUGAGUAUUACAAGUUUCAAGUAAAUAGAUUUUAUUGGCCUACUGGUGUGAUGAGAGCAGAUAAUGAUGAGGUAUUUGACCUACCCUAUGUUACGCUUUAGAAAUAGAUUGGAACUAAAUAAGUGUGUCAAUGAAAUGCUUCAUGGAAAGACUAAAAGUGACUUGUAAUUUUAAAACUAGCUAUCCUCAGUAGCGUCAAAAUUAUAUGAAAAUAUUGGCUUUCAGGUUAGUCAUUGUGUACGUAAACAAGACUUAGCCCUCCAUUGAUCACAAGUCUAGAGUUUUCUUGUUUUAAUUCCAUGUUUUUGGUAUGCACAUGGUUUAGAUGUGAAUUCAAGCACUACUUCGACACUUUUAUCAUUCUCUCCAUGAUCUUGCUUCAGUAAUUAUCCUAUUUUGGAUUUACAAUUUCCUAGAUUUUAGCUAUCUAGACACAUAUCAGAGGUUAAAUAGAUUGGCUACUUGUCAAAUCAUAUUGUAAUGAUAUAUUGGUACUGUAUUGUAUUUCUGACAAGAUGGAAUGGAAUUACAUGGCUGUAUAUUAAUCGCUCUGUCUUCUGUGGUAGAGGAAUUCACUUCAAACACUCAGAUAAUCUUUCUUUCCGUGAUCAAGUCAUUGAACUUUGAUGAACUGAGUUUUUUUAGUUGCGUUUUAUAUCCACUUGACACAACUUAGAAUACUUGAGGGAUAGACUGGCGGGAAUCUCAUAUUUCUGUAGAGUCAUCCAGUAAUGCUUCUAAAUGUACUCGUCCGGUCACAUUUAAGUGCCGAUGUCGUGCAAGCUCUCAUCCUUGGUUAUAUUUUACAUUUCUUUCUAAAAUCUGGCAACUUUAGAGGGCCCUUAUUUUACAUGGUUUUUAGAGACUUAUGAAACUUUGCCGAUAUGUUGCUUGAUAGAAAAAGUUGAUUUUGUGUAGUAGUGUCAAAGGUGUUAAUCUUCUCCAGUAUGUACAUUUGAAAUGUGAUAGGAUGAUGCAAUUUUGCUCAAUUCUUUAGUAAUGUCAUGAUUCCUAAAGAUCAAAAGUAGGAAAGUAGGAUAAUAAGCACUCAGAAGGUGGCCAUUCAAAGGUUCAUCCUUGUAUAGUGUUAUUAGUAAGUGUUCUUUGAGUUUUAAAGUAUUCAUUAUUUUUCAGGGCUUAGAUGCAGACAGCUUGCGAGUAGAACCACUGGGAUUUGACGCCGAGGCCAGAACUUACUGGUACUUCUACGGCACUAGAUUAUAUCGUGAACAAAAGCCUGAACAGUCUGAUAACAAAGUAAACAAGAAGUCUAAGAAAAAGAAAAAGAUGGAGGGAAAAAAUAAGAAGAAGAAAGGGAAAGUGAAGAGGAAGAAGAAAGUGAAAGGAUCAUCAUCUGACUCAGAGCCAGAUUCUGAAUCAAGGUAAAGAUGCUAAUGGAACUACAUUGUAUGUCAUGCACUGUACAUUUUGAAAUUGUUUGAAACAAUCGUCCGUAUUCUCUUUCAAUCUUCUCUGUGCUAAACCAUUCCAACCUUUUUUUCAGUGUCUCCUUUUUUGUUUUGAUUUUUGUUAUGGUUCACAUUUUCUUCCCCAGCCAUACUAAGAAAAAUAUUCUGUUGAGGUUCAACAUAACAUGUAGAAUGAAGCAGUGUUCUACUGCACUUAUUGAAAAUGAAUCCAACUGUUGAGAUGAGAAAAGGGGUGUAGGUCAUAAACAUGAAAUUUCGCAGACUCUGGGAAAUUGUCCACUUCACGUCCAUCAAUUAACCCUUUACACCCUAACAUCAGUAUUCAUAAUCUCCAUACUGUUCCCUGUUUAUUCAGUAUGGUGUUGACAAGGAGAUUUUGUCUAACAAUGAAGAGUAUCUUUAGUUGUUGAUCAUUUACCACUUCACUCCCAAGAUCACAUAGUAAUUCUCCUUUCUCUCUGCCAUGAAAUUCUUCUGAUGUUACUUCAGACUAAUCGCCUAAUAUUUAUUUUUCUUUAUUCUCAUCCCUCAUCUGCUUGAUGCUGUGUUGAUAUUGUAAGGAGAAAUUCUGUGUUGGUCAUAUGAGUUAAAGGGUUAAGACUACUGUGCUAUGUUUUCAGUGGGUACUGUCUACAUGCACUGUAAGACCUGAGUGAUUGUGCAGCUCUCAAUACUGAUCAGCUACUUGUUUUACUAGUCCAAGCAGUGAUAUGCCCAGUAGUGAUUAUGCUGAUGAUGAAGAUGACGAUGAGGAGCAGGAGGUAGAUUCAGAAGGGAAGGAAGAUGGCGAAAAGAAGCCUCGACCUUCAUGGACAGUUGUGUGUUCCACAGAGGAGGAAUGGCAACAGCUGGCCGAGUCAUUUAAGAAAAGUAAAAACAAAGAUGAGAAGAUGCUUUAUGAAACACUCAGUGUCGACUUUGUUCCUGAGAUUGGCAAAAUGAUUGAAGCAAAGGUACAAGGAAUACCUGUGAAAGUUUAAGAUAUUGUUGUUGGGGCUAUGUUGCAUCCUUUUCUUAAGAGUAGUAAAACCAUAGUAGUGUUUACAGACUUUCCACAGCAUUAUGCAGUGUCUGAUGAAAAUUGAUAGAGCCAAAGAGAAGAAUAAUGAAGAAAAUGUUCAUAUUUUAGGGUAGAGUGAGAAAAAGUUUAAUUUGAAAAGCUGUGACCCCUUGAGGUAGAUUUCCAUUGUGCCAUGCUCGUGAAAAUGUUUUGAUAUUUUUCUCAAUUAGACAACCCUCCCUAAUUACUCCUGAGAGUAUCAACCCAAAAAAUCACAUGUUAAUGUCACAAAAAUAAAGGAAAUUAUCACCAUCUAAAGAAGUAGCUCAGAGCACUGAUAUAUGGUAUUUUUUAAAAAUCUUUACUCUUUGACACAGGAUAAAGCCAUGAGGAAAAAGCUGCUUAUGGAAAUGGCACCUCGGCGGGCAUCUGACCGAAUAGCUUCAAAAGCACAGUCCAGAGAGGAGGAGGAAAUACAGGAGGAAAGUGAAAGACAACGGGAAAGAGAAAGGGCAGCUGAAGAGAGAAAGAAGGAGGAGGAAGAAAAGCAGCGUGAAAAGCAGCAGCAAGCUGAGAAAAGACAGCAAGGUAGGGGAACAAUUGUUUUCAAUUGGUUUUGACAAGUUUGAAAUGUUCCUCAUCAAGGAUUUGUAAAUGAUUGGAUUGUGUUUGCUUAUUUAGAUUACUUACAGAAAAUUCUUAAAAAUGGGAAAACAACUCAAGACUUGGAAAAAGUUGGCAAAGUGAAGAAAAAAGUGCUGUGACUUGUGAAUAUAUUGGACAACAAUUAAAAAAAGUUACAAAAAUUACAUCAAUCAAUGGUGUGGUUGAGAUUGUCCUUCUGGAAUACAAAAGUACAUUAGCAGGACAAUGCUGUUCAUAAAAUCAUCAUGACCUCUGAAGUAUGAGGUUGUGUUAUUCCUUCAUUUGGUUAGGGGGCCAGACUCUGGGUCAGGAGGUAUUGGGUUCAAGGCAUGGUUGGGUCAAUGUGUUACCUUGGGCAAAGCACUUUACUCUCACGGUGCCUAUGUCUACCCAGGAGUAUAAAUGGUGUACAGGUGAAUUUUCAGGAAAGCUUGAUUAAAUUCCGGGGAGUAACCUUGUGAUGGAUCAGCAUCCCAUCCAGGGGGGAGUAGUGAGUCAUGCUGAGAAAACCAUGAUAAGCUCCAGCUAAAUGGGCCACUUGGCUCGUGUGCAGACUUAACCUAUGUGAUCUCCUUUUUCAGAGAGAGCCAGAAGAGCGCGUAUGCGAGAAGAACGGCAAUGGAUGAUGGCUAAUGGUGAAUUUGUUCCAGAAGAACUGAAAUCAAGCUUGUCUAACAUAGAAGAGGGCAAAGACAGUGAAGAAGGAACCAGUACACGAACUAGUACACGAUCAAAACAGUCAGGAGAGGAUAUCGGCCUUGAAGACAGAGAUGAAGACUUGUACACUGGAAUGUAUAAAGGUAAUAAUGCAUAUGAAAAGUUUUUGCUACGAAUAACAGUUGAACCUGUAGGUUGAUCAUUCAGGUGAGGGUUGUGCUGAAAAGGGAAAUUCUCCUGAUUUCCACCCAAUGAAAAUCAUGAUCCUCAGUGUAGGGAGGUGACUUCUGCUUAGGUUGUUAAAAUACUGGUCAGUGUCACCGAUGACAGUGCUUUUCAGACCGUCACCCAGCUCACAAUACACAAACAGCUGCUUCUCCAACCUUAUUCCAAGGGACCUCUCUCCUUCUUCCUUUAUGGAAGGACCCAGUUGUGACCAGCUGCAAUCAGGGUCCAUUAUCAAGGGGAAUCGAGAGGACCUUGGGAACAAGGUUCCUGCUUCUCAUAAGUUCAAAACAUUCACUGUAAUAACAAAAACCUUUGGUUCUUUAGUGUCUAUUCAUAGCAUGUUGAAUUUUUGUUUUUACCACAGUUUUGGAUGCUUUGAAAAAACACAAUAAUGCAUGGCCUUUCCUGGAGCCUGUGGAGGAAUCUUAUGCCCCUCAAUACUACGAGAUCAUAGAGGUGAGCAACAAGGAUGCUUUUGCUUUUCCAAGCUUUGAAAUGUAAUUCUUGCUACUGAUGUCCAUAUGUUUCUUUGUUUUCUAGUUCUGAGAAUUGGUUGUUUUAUCUAAGCAAUGUCCCCUACAAAUAGUUGAUAGUUUCUGAAAUUGUUAGAUCAGUGUCAGCUCUGAACAUCUCCACACCUACCCCUCCCCAAACCCAACAUAGAACACUGAUUGUGAUAUGUUGAGCUUUCCCCUCUUAUCAAGUAAGAGUUUAUAGCCUUUCACAUUCAUGUAUGAGCUAAACCAAUAAACUGCAUCACUCUUGUAGGAACCAAUGGAUCUGUCAACCAUUGAACAAAAGCUUGAUGACAGUAAAUACACCACUUUGAAUGAUGUGAGUACAUGCUAUCAUUACACCAUUAAUAAGAUACAUGAAAAAAUUACUCAGUUCUGAUUGGUUAAGAUGAGUGCAGUUUUCAAGUAAUUCAGUGCAGAAGAGUAUUAAUUCAGUGCAGAAAAGUUACAAACCAGACUGAACAAUAACUUGAACUGUUUAGCCAGACUUUGAGCUCUUUUGCACCUUAAGGUGUGAAAAUAUCAUCGUAUAUUAUUGUUUUGAUCAAAUGCAGUUGUUUUGACUGAACACACAAGGUCACUUGCAGGUUGUGAAUAAAUUAUUUUUGCACUUGAUACAAGUGCUUUGCUUCUGUAUAAUUAUGAUACGCUAUCUCGUAUUUUUUCAUGUAUAUUAUUAAUACAUAAUCACAUGAUUUUUCUUGUGCAAUUUAGAAGAAAUAACCACUUGCAAUUUUUUUCAAAGACCACAAAUUGCACUCGCCCUACAGGCUCGUGCAAUUUUGUUAGUCUUUGAAAGAAUUUCCUGUCGCUUGUUUAUUCCAAACUGCACUUGGAAUCAUGUGAUUACCUCUACAAACUAAAAUAAUUUUGAAAAAGGGGUCGAUUGCCUCCCUUUGAAAGAGGAUUUUGUAAUUUAAUGUAGAUUAUGCCUGAUCAGCUUAUACUCAAAAUGUCCUUAAAAGAAAUGAAUAGUGUAAGAGCAGUGAAUUAAUAUGUUGUUGUUUUCUUGUUAUAAAUUUAAGUUCUUUGAUGGUUGCCUUGCAGUUCAAUACAGACAUGAAGUUGAUGUUUGAGAACUGUUUAGACUACAAUGGCCCUGAUAGUAGUAAGUACAUUUCCUGCUGUUUAGCAGGUGUUGUUGCUGGUUAUACUCUGUAUGUAUCAUCAAUAGGGUAAGUAGAGGUUUCCAACAUGGAAUCCUGCAUCACCCUGUUAUAAUUUUGGAGUGUACCAAUAUGUUUUAUCAGUGAUGUAAUUUUGACAACAUCAUAUUACAUGAAGAUCACUUAAACCCUACUAAACUGGGAUGUGUUUCUUUUUUUCCUUUUUAAACCCAACUUUUAAAUUUUCUCCAUAAAAUUUUAGUGUACACUAAGAUGGCAAACAGCCUUGAGGCAGCUUUCAAUCGUCAACUGAAGAAACAUUUUCCUGAAGAUGAUGACAACAGUGAUGAGGACUUUGAAGAAGAGCUUGCACGCAAAAGCAAAAAAGACAAGAGAAAGAAAGGAGAGGCAAGCUCAGGAACUGAGAUGUUUGGUAGUUCUCAUCCAGGAGAGGACCGCCCUUUCCCCCAACAGAUGGCCCCAUCUGGAAUACAGUCAAUGUUUCAAAACCAUAUGUUACCUAACAGCAUGUCAAAUGGAGGUAUGAUGCCAUCGCAUCACCCUUCCAGAAUGCCCUUCCCUGGUCCCCCACAUUUUUCCUCUGAUGGGAGACCCCUCUAUCCCCCGCAGUUCUACCAAAAUGCUUUUAACCCAGCUGCUUUUGCCAGAUUUGGUAUGUCGCAACCAGGUCCUCAGUACAACAGGUUUAGAUUUCCUCCAGGGAAUCCCAUGGGACAGAUGGGUCAGCCACAGCCACAGUCAUCACAUUUUCCACCACAGCGCAUGCCUGGCAGGAUGCCAUUCCAAUAUGGGAUGGGUGCUGCAGGUGGAAGUAUGGAGCUGCCUCGUAGGGAGAAUGACAUCAAUAGUCCUAGUCAGACUGAACAAGCCAAGCAGCUGUCCCCACAGCAGGCAGUCCCUGUCUCGACUUCAGGUGGGUCUUCCUUUUCAAUUUUUAGCUUUUCAAUGACCAUCAUUCAAUAUUUCAUACAAAUGCAAUGACUUCCAGGAGGUGGUCUCUUUUAAAAGAGGUCACAUCAGUGAUUAUUUGUUUAUCUUAAUUUUCACCUCAGGUGAGCCCACUCCUCCUUCAAUAACGGGUGGCACUGAGAGAGGCCGUCAAUCUCAACAGCAGCCGCAUGGAGGGCCACCUUACUACAGACCACAGACCUUCAAUCAAGGUUACCUUGGCUAUCCUCGAAAUGGUCCUAUGCCCUAUAGAGCUCCAGCAGCUGGACCCUACAAUCAACCUAUGGUACCUGGGAGGGAGCCUUGGCGCUUAGACAGACGCACUCCAGAGGCUCCCCCACAGAGGGUCCCCUCCAGAGAGGGCUCCUUUAGAGAAGAAGGUAUGAGCAGAUUUGACAAAAAGUCUACCAAAAGCAAUAAGAUAAUUUGUUCUUUACGCAAGGAACCUUACCCAUACAGCCACCCAGCUGAAGGAUGAAAAUUGUCAUGUAUCAUCAGAUUUUGUUUGUUUGGUUGGUUUUUUUUCUGUUCGGUUGCCCCAACGUUUUCUUUCCAUUUCAUCUGUUUUCAGUCAUGCCAAACAAGCCUCCUGAACUUACAAAGGCACAAGCACCAAAUUUUACCGGUAACAACAAACAGGCCGAAAACGAAACCGAUAGCGAGGAAGCUUAUAGCGAACAAGAGGAACGGAAGGAUCUCCAAACAAAUGGUAGGGAAGAGCCAAACGUCGAAGGAAUGCAGCAGACUAGGAGUCGAGUUCCUCCUACUCUGUCCAUCAGUCAUAUCUUAAGCGGGGCCUCACGAGAGGAUCAGCAGCCGACAGAAGGAGCCAAAAUGCGAGAGGGGCCCGCUCAGGGUACACCACAGGGUGCCUUGGCCAUGCACCCCAGUUCUUCACGCCAAGUUAUCCAGUCACCAGAGAACAGGGAUCGUGUCGCGCCAUCUAACGAGCAUCUGAAGAGGGUGCCCGGAAAAGGGCCCUAUGAUGGAAUGGGAGGGCGGCCAAAUUUCGAUACUUCCUCUGGGCGAGGGUCUUUCGGUGUUUCUCCAAACGAAGGGUUAGAUAGAUUAGGAGCACAAGGAGAUCCUCUUCAUCUGGAAAUGCACGAUCGUGCAUUUAGAAUGAAUUUUAACAAUAAAAAAAAUUUAGGUAACGCAGCGGAGAGUGUAAUAAAGAAAGUUCCUCAGAACAGCGCUCCCGAAGCGGAUGUUUACAAGAAAAUGCCAUUGCUAACCCCGAUAAAAGAACCACCCGGAAAUGAUGUAGAGGACAAACGUUCCCGAGCGAAAACAUUGGAAAGUGUAUCUGAAAAUGGACAUUUAGAACCUGGUAAAACGGAGGCUGUUCCUCAGCGGAUGCCCCCUGCAAAUAUGAACAAAGAUCCUCCUAAGGGGGCAGAGACUGCGGUGCCUUUCAAGAGUUGGCCUGACUUUCAACCGGGUAGUUUUCUUCAAGAACUUAACGAUGUCGGCCCUCCAUCUUCAGGGGGCGUGGACAACAAACCUGCACCCGAAAGAAAUCAUCGUCUCCCUUUCACUUCAAUGCUGAGGGGAAUAAACCCAUCACAAGCCAGUCCGGAGAAUCGCGGUCAGUACUUAGCCUUGGAGGCAGCAAAUCGGGAGAGAAUACGGGAAAAUAUGAUGGCUGGUAAUUUUCUGCACAGCCCAGAGGAGAAACACGAGAGAUUUAAUCCUACGCGUGUCGCGGACAUGAGUUCGUAUGCGGCCAUGUACGGAAACAAGCGCCCGUCAGACGUUUUACCUCCGCUGCAGUACAGACCUAACUUAUCUGCUAUGGCGCAUCAACGAAACAUUGAAUCUGCGCAAAUGCAACAGGGUGGAAAUUCUCAAUUUGUGGACCUGAAUUCCAUGCAAUAUCGUUACCCGUCUGUACUACCCUCCAGGGAGUCUCUUACGAGAGAGCAGAUGUACUUCUUAGAGCAGCAGCAACGUCGACAGCAUAUGGCAUCUUCUAUGGAUGCCAUGAUGGCUGGGGGUCAGCCUGAGCGUAUGAUUGGAUUCGGUGGUAUGUUACGUCAACAACAACUGUUUAAUGCGGCGUACGCAAGUCAUAUGAGGAACGGCGAGUUUCCAGGAUAUCCGAAUGAAGGUGGGCAGUUAGAUGAUAUUUUGGAUUUUUUCGUCAUAGUCUUAGACAUAAGU